AUGCCUUCAAGAGGCGAAAGGUUGAGUCGCGUCGCGAAGAGUUUGGAUAUGAUGCAGGCCACGCUGCGGGAGAUGCAACAGACACAUGCGGCGAUGCUGAGGCAGUUCUAUCCUGAAGAUGCAGUGAAGCCGCAAACCUUGCCACCUGCACCUCGUCCAACCGUCCACCAGGGCGGUGGGCCCGGUGCAUCGGUGCCACGCGGAGGAGCGACGGCAGGAGAUCAAAAUGGACUUUGCUGGCAGAAGGGAGACGGGAUUUGCAUGAGGUGUGCCUAUGUGCCUGCGGGUGCUUUGAGGUAUUCUUUGUCUGGGGCUGAGUUGUCCGGGAAAGGGGGACAGGACAUCACCAUCGGUGGUACCGCCGCCGGGCGCGUCGUCAUGGAGCUUCGAGCGGAUGUGGUGCCGAAGACGGCGGAGAACUUCCGAUGCCUUUGCACCGGAGAGAAGGGCAUGGGGAAGUCAGGCAAGCCUCUUCACUUCAAAGGAAGCGCCUUCCACCGCGUGAUCCCCGACUUCAUGUGCCAGGGGGGCGACUUCACUGCAGGGAACGGCACAGGCGGCGAGUCCAUCUAUGGCGCGAAGUUCGCAGAUGAGAACUUUACCCUGAAGCACACCGGGCCUGGAACCCUGUCUAUGGCCAAUGCCGGUCCGAACACCAAUGGCUCGCAGUUCUUCCUUUGCACGGUGAAGACUAGCUGGCUGGAUGGCAAGCAUUGCGUCUUCGGUUCGGUCACAGAGGGAAUGGAUGUGGUGAAGAAGGUCGAGGCCGUUGGCUCCCAGUCAGGCAAAACCUCCAAGCCCGUUGUGGUGGCGGACUGCGGUCAACUGGCGUGA